GCCAACAUGAGUCCUUUUUGCUAAUAAAUGGCGGACCACAAAAUUUUGUAACAAAAGCGAGCCGAUAUUUCUGUGAAUAAAUCGUUACGAAAUAAAAUAUAACAAUGGAGUUGACUCGCACUACACUUGGAAUUGCAGUGGGCAUUGCCGGGACUCUGUUCCUGGGGUAUUGUGUAUAUUUCGACCAACAACGUCGCAAGGACCCUCUUUUCAAAAAAAAGCUCAGAGAACGCAGACAGAAUGCCCGCAAGAACGCGUCACGCUCAAACGCAAUGGGCGGGCCCCUGCCUGACAUGAGCGACCAUGAGGCUAUGCAGCGGUUCUUCCUGCAACAGAUCCAGUUGGGCGAGGAGCUCCUGGCGGCCGGAGACCUGGAGGCGGGAGUGGAGCACCUCGGCCAGGCCGUGGCCGUGUGCGGGCAGACACAGCAGCUGCUUAGUGUGCUCCAACAAACCAUGCCAGCCCCGAUCUUCCACCUGCUCCUGAAGAAGCUCCCCGAAGUCUCAGAGCGACUCCGGGCCUCCAUGAAGGCUAGCGGAGGCAAUGUGCUGCAAGAGGAAGAUGUUGAAUAAGCAGAGGCCUAGACAAUGUUGAUUUGCACUUGCGGGACGUUCCAUACGAAGACAAAAUAGUGACCCUUUCACCGCCACAGUCGGAUAUUGCUGACAAAGUUUACAGUAAAAUUAACCUUAAUGUUCCUAAAAGUUAACUAUGCCGUGUUACCUAAUAGUCAUGGCGGUCAAAAGGUUAAACUAGUUUUUGUACUCUUUCUUGCUGCUAGUCAGAGAGGUUUAGUGACAUAAAAAGGGUGGUUAGGCCGGAUACCGGAUAUCCGGCCGCCGGGUCCGCCGAAUAUCCGGUAUCCGGCUAAAAGUUAAAACGGAGGAAAUUAGAUUUUGCGCGCGCGCAUAGUUUUGGUGCCGGUUGCAACUUGUUUCUAGUUAUAGGCAUUUGUUGAUAGACAGGUAAACUAAAUUACUAAAUUCUCACACAUUGCGCAUUGAAUAGCGGCACGUUACAGUUUUCGUAGUAAGUAUAAAUUCAUAAAUAUCGUGCUUAAUUACUAUCCGGUAUCCGGCCGGAAAGUAAAAAUAUGGCCGGAUACCGGAUAUCCGUUGCAUCUCUAGUUCACACAAUGACAUGUUAUGAUGUCACAAAUCAAAUGUGUUUUGAUUAUUUCAUUCACACCAGUUGUGAUGAAAUUGUGAUCUGACUAAUACAAAGGAGAAACAAAGCGGCAAAUGAUUAUGACGGUGAUGAUGUUGAUGAAGUAAUACAUGAAUUGUAUCGUAUAUAUUGUAUAUACAGAACGCAACCCUGCAUAAACUUGAAAUAAGUUCGUUAUAUCAAUGCAUAUAGGUUCAUUUUACAAUAACAAUUUAAAAAUGUCGUCUAUACGUGACAGUGUCGCCUAUAAACGACAAUGUGUCUUUUUAAAUCAAAAGGUACCACUUUGUCGCUUGCCAUAAGUCCGCUCUGACAGGUUAUUCGUAUAAAGAUACUAGCAAAUUUCGUCCUUAUGGUAAGCGACAAUGUGGUACCUUUUGAUUGAAAACGUCACAAUGUAUUUGUUAUUUCUUCCGCAAGUGCAAAUAAAGACUCGAAAACAUUAAAUGACUGAACAUUUUCUCAAUCCCUUUCCCUAGUCGAACGAACAGAGUUCUAUGGCAUAUUGUAUCCCAUACAACAUAGAACCUUGUCACUUCGAAACGCGACAGCCUAAUCGUAUUAUUUGUUCCAUUACGUAUUGGGCUGUUCUAUUUUAAUGUACAAUUGGUACUAAUGAUGAUCCAUCUGUCCAAUAUCUUGGUCGAAUGUGUAUUUUGUCUCACAUUUUGCAAAUGAGAGAGUGAGACGCACUCAUUUUGGACAAAGAAAUUAGACAGGGUGGUAAUGGUAACCCUAUCAAAGAAGGUAAGAGUAUUGUUCAAAUACUACUUCAUGUAACUUUUCUUUAUAGCAUGUAGUCUUAAUUUUAGUGAUUAUUGAUACAAUACUUUGUCUUUUGAUUUCUUAAUAAUUUAUACGAAUCAUGCUUUAUUUUUUAAUGUCAUGUCACCUGAAAUAAUAAAUUAUUCUUAAUUUUUUAAUGCAGUAUUGCCGCGUGGUGUUAACCAUUUAACCGUCUUGCCGGCUUUUCUGAUGCCUACUUAUUAUAGUCUGCAUCUUCUAAAAUGGUUUUUACGCCUGAGACGGUAAUCUGUUAAACAAAAGCCAUUGUUCCAUUUCUACGAGCGGUCGGCCAUUGUGUCUGACAAUGGCACGCGCUCAGACUCAAUGGCACACUAUGGCCGACCGCUCGCAGAAAAGGAACAAUGGCUUUUGUUUAACAGAUUACCGUAGGCGUAAAAAAUCGGCGGAGGAAAGUACACGUACUGCUCGUCUAAUAGUAAUCGGACGACAUAGCCUAGGGACACUUGGCGACAUCAGCGGUGUAUGCGCGUUACCAUUUCCUACAUUUGUUUUACCUGUUCAAGUUUUUUUUAAAGUGACAUGUUUAUUUGAAUUUGAAAUCUGUCCAAUGAGUAUUGGCUGUGACUGUGAUAGUUCACAAAUAUAAUAUCCGCCGUUUUUCGACAUCGUGACGAGUUGUUAUUGUUUUAGAUUUUGUUCGCAACUGGUAAGGAUGCUUGUGAGUUUUGAUUGAGAUUUUAUUGUGAAUAAAAGUAUUGUAAAAA